AUGAUAGAAGGACACCCCAGCCGAACGGCUCUCUUCAUUGCCGCAGGUGUUCCUAUCUUGGGCACCACAGGAUGUGACUUGCUCCCUGAAGGCAUUCUCCCUUUUCAGAAAGCCGUCUUGUCGGCACUGCAGCUGACCUGGGUCGAACGGAUCUUUCUAUUUGUUCUUUGUGACAAUCCGGUCUUUUGUCGCCUCUUUGCAUGUGUUGGUGCUAGCAGCAGGCAGGAUACGACACUCUUUCCCUUCGUCUUUCCUCCCAAGUUUCCAGAGACUUGCUUUUGGGAAGUUGACCAUCCCGCCACUGGUCACUGUAAGGAUCGCUUGUGGUCCAAGGAUAAGAACAGUCAAGGAACAACAACGACAGCCCUAUUGAAAAAGCCACCGAAUCUGUUUCAUGCCCACGUGGAUUUGGUGGAGAAAGAUGUUUUGGUGACAUCACUCCGAGAGAAAGCAUCGUACGAUACAGUCACACCCACCAUUGUUGUCAUGGAAGGACUAUUGUCUUUUUUGGAUACGGAUCAAAUCAAAAACCUGUUUGAAAAUGUAGCCCAAGUUGUGGGAGGACCAGAUUCCCGUGUAGUCUUCAAUAUGCCGGCCGUGCAAGUCUGGCAAGUCCUUGGACUUUGGUUGGAUAUCCCUCCUGGCAGCUUAUUUGGUCCGUAA